GUUCAAGUCCCGUCCGCUGCCUGGACCGCGUGGAUUGUUUUCUAAUAAACUUUUCUUUAGAUUAGUUAGUUUAAGAGUAAUAGUCGUUCAACUUUGGUAAAAGAAAAUUUCUUACCUAUUGAAAACUUCUUAGAAUAAAACAUUAAUAGUGACAUAGAUGAAGCCAUUGUAGUGUAAAAUAUUUCGUUGAAAAACAAAUUUAAAAAAACGAUUGCUUUUAAAAAAAAUAAAAAGUCCUGCUCAAAAAAAAAAGAUUGUGGUAACGACAGGCAUCUACGGAACCCUACACUGCGCGUGGCACGAUACGCACUUGUUACUAAAUAUUUCUAAGCACUGUAAGGAUUGUGUUAUGGGAUACUAGGGUAACAGAUAGAAUAAAUAUACUGAUACAUAUUUUUUUCAAUGUCUGGAAAAUGCUUUACGCAUCCUCCGCCCACCGGGGGAAGUAAAGCAGAAUUAUCCGGGACUCCUCCCCACUCGUUUCACCCAGCAUGCUGACUCGAUGAAACGAGUAGGGCCCUACCAAACGGUAAAAACCAGACAAUACUCCUGCACCUAUCCGCUGACACAUAUCCCGAGGACCGCGGUCCCAGACAUAUGAGUCAGUAGGGCGAGCAUUGCAUGGUACGCCCCAAGGGAAUAGAUAGAGAUAUAGAUAUAUAUAUAUAUAUAUCUAAUAUAUAAAAUUCUCGUGUCGCGGUGUUUGUGAUUAAACUCCUCCGAAACGGCUUUCCCGAUUCUCAUGAAAUUUUGUGUGCAUAUUGGGUAGGUCUGAGAAUUGGACAACAUCUAUUUUUCAUCCCCCUAAAUGUUAAGGGUAAUCCGCCCCUACAAAAUUAUUUUUUUCAAUUUUAGAUAUUUUUUUUUAUUUUUUUAUGAUACAGCAUUAGUAAAUACAUAUAACCCUGAAUUUUCAAUCCUUUACAAUCAACCCCUAUUUUAUUAUGGCGGUACGAAGUUGGCUGGGUCAGCUAGUAUGUAUAUACUAGCUGACCCAGCGAACUUCGUACAGCCCUAAAAAAAUAGGGGUUGUCCAGCGGACAAAAUUGUGAAUCUAAACCAUUCUCAGAUCCCCUUGAACACACACAAAAAAUUUCAUCAAAAUCGGUCCAGUCGUUUAAGAGAAGUUCAGUGACAUACACACUCACAGAAGAAUUAUAUAUAUAAAGAUAACACCUAGAAAUAGUAGUAACCUGAAAUUUAAAAGUGGUGCCGGCUAUAUCUUACACACAGCAGGGUAGCGUGGGCGUCGGCUGCCCGGGGCGAAGGAUAAUUUUGCCGUCUUUUUAUUUAUUUUGUUGAAAUAUUUUUAUUAUUUAUUGUAAAAUUUUGCCGCCCCCUAAGAAGUGCCACCCCGGGGCGGGCCGCCCCUGCCGGCCCCACUACGCUAUGCCACUGCUAACACCAAACUAUGCAUAAUAAUAAUCUGACAUCGCCAAGGUGUAGACUGAUUUCACUGCAUCAGUAUUCAACUGCAGUUUUCACAAUGUUUUAAUGGAAAAUUGAAAUUAUCGCGAAUACUCAUGUCUUGUUAAUUUGUAGUAUUGAUUAAUAACUACUUACAAAGUUGCAAUUUAAUUGCUAGAUUAUAGAUAAGAGGUAUAAUAAUAAAUAUUAUUACGGUCAAAAGUCGCAGGUCAGUGGGUCCUCUAAAUUAAAUCAAUCGACAUAUUUAUUAAUUAAAAUGAAUUAAAAAAAAUCAAUAAUAUUUUGGGAAUUCAAUGAUUUUCAAUAUAACUGUAUAACAUAAUGGUUCACUUAAUCCUGUCUUUUUUUACUGCUUGGGGUACCAAAUUUUCAAAUCAAUAUUAUAUGACUAAUCCUUAUGUUUUUGAGGGUGCUGAAUCGGAUACGAGAGUAAAAUUAAUUUCAACCAAGGCGCUUUGAAAAUUUAGCCAAUAUUUAAGGUGUCCAAAAGUACCCGAUUCCUGAUUUUAAUUUUUAUUUAUUUUCAUAUCAAUAGCUUUAUAAUUUCUAUUUUAAAUGAAAAUUUGUUAUUUUUCAAUUUUUGCAAAGGGGACGCAGCAGUAGCAUAUUUAGCAUAUUCUCAGUUUUUUUUUAAUAUCCUCUAUUUCUGGAAAAUUCGAGCAAUGUGAUCCCUAACUGAGAUCAGGACGACGUUUAAAAACUUUUGAUGCCAAAAAAAAACAAUAGGUUCGAAAAUUUUCAUUUUUGAUUACACUUCAGGGAUAGUUACAAAAGUCCCUCGCGAUCAAUUCAAGUUAAUGUACACCUCUCGAAUUAUACGCGAGAAAACCAAUUCAAAAUUUCUGAAUUUCCCAAAAUUCAUGGAAUCGUAACAUUUGUAAUUGCACUAGUAACCUAAGUUUCUAGAUUGGCGCAUUUGCGACUCAUACAGCCCAUUAAUAAAAAAUACCAGUAAAAAUCGACUCAGAUAUUUAACUAUUUGCGUCUUUUUUAAUUAAUACAAAAUUAUAAAAACCCAGCCAUUAAUGGCAUUUAUUUCUUCUUUGUUCCAGCUGCCGUGGCAUCCAACCAGUUCAGCGACUCCUUCGUCGCUGAAAGCCAACCGCAAUCACCAUGGCAGGUCGGGAAACUGUACCGCUAUGAGGUAGACUCGUUCACCUUGGCCCGCUUGCCAGAGAGUGCUAGCACCGGCUUUGCUUUCAAAGCACACUUCAUCAUCCGCGUCCCAGCCCCCGGCCGCCUUCUGGCUCGCUUGGAGAAGCCUACCCAUGCUCUGGUACACCAAGAACUUCCCUACGAUAGGCAGCUCCCGAAAGACCUCAAAUACGAACCCCUCGACAAACUUGAACACCCGUUCGAGAUCGCCGUAGAAGGUGGCAGAGUUUUAACCCUCACCCUUCCCACGUCACUACCACUUCCCGAAGAGAACUUACUCAAAGGUCUGAUUGGAGCUCUCCAACUUGAUUUGUCCACUCACCGCCAUGUUCGUAAGUCUUAUGAUGGCUACGAAAAGGAAACACACCAAGGCUCUUUCAAAAAAAUGGAGACUGAUGUCACUGGUGACUGCGAAACUUUGUACAACGUUUACCCCGCUGUACCCGAAUGGCGUCGUGAACUCCCGAAAUUCGCUGGAGAAGAAGAGCCAAUAAUGAUUUCCAAGACAAAGAACUACGGCCAUUGUCAUCACAGGGUCGCCUACCAUUUUGGUGUACCUAAAGGAUCUGAGUGGACUGGCACAGCUCACAAGAAAGAAGAAGAGCAAUUUAUUCAGCGCGCGACUGUCACCCGUAUGCUGGCCGGUAAACAGGGCCCUAUUUAUAAAUCUGAGACUACCAGCACCGUUCAUGUAAACCCUCAGUUAUACGGCAAGGAAAAAGCUGAAGUUAUUAGUUACGUCAAAUUGUACCUCACAUCUUUUGAAGCGGAUAAUGAAGCUCAAUGGGUUGUUGGUAAUCCAGAGAACAAACGGGUGGUCAACAAUUUAUUAUAUUCAAUGUCACAAAAAAAGCAAGUCAUGAUCAGUGAAAGUUCAUCGUCCUCUGAGUCUUCGGAGUCAAUUGAGUUUUCCAAAACUAUCGCAGAUGAAGAAAUGACUACAGGAAACCGCGUCCGUCGCUUCGCAAAGACUCCUAAAAUAGUCGCGAUUAAUAAGGUUAUUGUGAAACGAAAUGAUAAAGACAGUAGUUUGUCUAGCUCAAGUUCCGACGCUUCAUUAACUUUUGAGAACGAUUAUUUUCCACUAGAAAAUGAACCCGUUUCCGCCGACAUGUAUAUAAUUCCUCAAGAUAGCCCUGACAACAAACAGAAUCCGCAGGCAGUACAGAGACUUCUUCAAGAUUUGGCCCAACAAUUACAGAAUCCUAACAAUAUGCCAAAGACAGACUUUCUGUCAAAGUUCAACAUCCUUGUCCGCGUGCUCGCUUCCAUGAGCUACGAACAACUUAGUGCUACUAGCCGUUCUCUUGAAGUUACAAAGUCAUCCAAUAACCUCAUUAAGGCUGAUAUGUGGAUGAUUUACCGUGAUGCAAUGGCUCAGGUUGGUAACAUGCCUGCGUUCAAACAAAUCAAAGCAUGGAUUCUCAACAAGAAGAUUCAAGAAGAGGAGGCAGCAGAAGUGGUUGCUAGCUUAGUCAAAACUAUUCGCUAUCCUACUAAAGAAAUAAUGCUUCAGUUCUUCAAACUCGCAAUAAGUGACGAAGUCAGGGAGCAACUUUACCUUAACACGACCGCUUUGAUUUCUUCCACCAGAUUUAUCAACAUGGGUCAGGUAGACAACGAAACUGCCCAUUCAUUCUACCCUACACAUAUGUACGGCCGUCUUUCACGCCGACAUGACAUAUUUGUGAUUGAAGAAGUGAUUCCAUACUUGUCUCAAGCAUUGAAAGAAGCUAUUGAACGAGGUGACAGCAGCAAAGCUCUUGUUUAUAUCAAGGCAAUUGGCAAUUUAGGUCACCGCAACAUUCUGGAUGUGUUCGCUCCUUAUCUCGAAGGAAAGAUUCAUGUAACUACUUACUUACGUGUCCAAAUGGUUCAGAAUUUAAGAGUGCUAGCUCACGAAAGAGACUCUUAUGUUCGAGCUGUGCUAUUCAGCAUUCUGAAGAAUAUUGCUGAGCCCUACGAAGUGAGAGUAGCUGCUAUCGAAAAUAUAUUUAUGGCGCGUCCUACAAGCGCAAUGAUGCAGGCGAUGGCUCAGAUGACUCACAACGACCCAAGUGUGCAAAUCCGUGCACUCCUGAAAUCAUGCAUCUUAACGGCAGCUGAUCUGAAGCACCCUCGCAAUAUGGAUCUCGCUAGAACAGCUCAGUCCGCUAAAUGGAUGGUGACUAAACAAGAAUAUGGCCAACAAUACUCCAAUAAAUAUCUGAACGAUUAUGAAGAUAGACACCACGAACUGGGCUUCAUGACUGCGUUAUCCUACACUGGUAGUGAAGACAGCUUCUGGCCGAAGAGUUUAAAAUACUCCUUCAAGAGCAAAGUUGAUGGAUGGAACCAGGAAAGCACGAUCUCAGCUUCAGUCUCCGAUGUACAACAACUAAUGAACGCUUUCCAGCGUGAAAUGGAUAGAAUGGUUCGUAAACAACCGAAGUCAGAGUCUGACCAUAUGUACUCAGCCGAGAAGGUUGCUGAAAUGCUAAAUAUCAAACGCAAUCCCAAGACCCCAUUGGAAGCCUCCAUUUUAAUUGAUGUAAUGGGCCAAGAAAGAUUCUUCUCUUACAGUGAGAGCGAGCUUGAACAGAUGCCUGCCAUUAUCGCUAAAUACAUGGCAAAUUUGGCUAAAGGAUCUGAGAAACACUACACUAAAGUUCUAAAUCAGGCCCAAGUUUCUAUCAUGUUCCCUGUCAGCACAGGAAUGCCAUUUAUUUACAAAUAUAAAGAACCCGUGGUAAUGCACACCUACGGCAAAAUUAAGGGUCAAGUUAACCCAUCAGUGAAGGAGAACGAGGACAUUGCUAACAUCAUGAAAGAGGUGCAUUUCACUUUUGCAAAGAGUAUCGUUGGUAGUGUUGGUUUUAUGGACACUCUUGCAAACAAAAUCGCUUCAGUUGGAGUAGAUAGCAAAAUUCAGAUCUACCUUCCUCUUAAACUGCAACUCCAAGCAAAAUCUGGAGAAAUGAAAAUCAUUGUGGAUUCUUUGCGUCCUGACCAAGAAACUAACGUCUUACAUUACAGUGUCUGGCCAUAUUCUACUUGUCAAAAUAGAGAUGCCCUUGUAACUGUUGCUCAAGAUACCAACACAAAGGUCGUUGAUCGUAGCAAGAAAGUGGUAUCAAUUGACUCCAAGUUUGGUCAAACCGUUGGUAAUAUAUUCCAAAUUCAGGGCUAUUCCUAUUCUUCUGAUUACAAGAACAUUGGCAAUUUGUUGAAAUCACGAGACAUUUUAAUGAACAUCGUUCAUCUUAUUCGCCAAAGAGACGUUGCUCUUACACAUUUCAAUCUGAAACACCUUGGAAAACAAAGCCAAAACAAACGCGUUGUACUUACUGUUGCUUAUGAUUCGUAUUACAAUCUGGCAGUGGCAUCCACUAUUGAACAGCCACUAGUAGCCAUACACACAGAAGAUGUAGUUCCGAAUAGUAGAGACCGCCGUCUACAAAUGGCUACACGUGUAAGUGCAGGAUUCAAGACUGCGAGAGCUCGUGUCAUUGAUGUGAGCGCAACAUUCGAAGGUCAACAGAAGCAUAGUUAUGUCAUGACAGCAGCAAUUGGUGACAGUCUAGUGGAUUCAAAGAUUCAAUAUGUCUUCUUCGCCGGUAAAAACUCAGAUCAGGCUGGAAAGUCUGCUGACCAAAUCAAUGCCGUUGGUACAGUCUUGAAACCUGUGUCUAGACCAUUUAACUUCGUCGAAGCCAUCAAAAAUGAAAUGAAGAUGAAGUUCGGGUUUGACAUUAAAUAUGGACACGGUGGAAACGGAAUGGUAAAGAUUGAUGGAUUUAUGGAACGUAGCAAGAAAUAUACGGAAGAACUUCUCAAGCACCCGUUGGCUAAGCAAUGCAUGCAGCAAGUCAAAAAGAAUAAUCUUUACCAACACGCCUGCCACCAAAUGCUUGUCAAAGCUCAUACUCCUGAUUACUUAAAGACAUCUGUUGUUUAUAAAGAAGUCAGCCCUGUCUUCAGGAAUAUGACUUAUAAAGCAUUCAGAAUCAUUGACAGUCUGGGCUUCUGGUUCACUGAUGUGAAUCCAAUGAAGACUACACCUGAUGGUAAACUAGAGAUUGAGUCUCAGUUGUGGUAUCCUGAUAAUACCAUGUCUUUAGCGCUUAGCACUAGAUUGGGAGAAGUACAUUUAAACGAUGUGCCUAUGCCGAAAUUUGUUGGGAGUUGGUUGGCUGUGUAUCCUCCAUUUAAAUCGACGGAAUGUGUUCUCAACGAGUUUACUCGGGAUCAAUAUCUGCCUUACUGCACGGUGGAUUCCAACAAAAUCAGGACGUUCAGUAACCGCAGCUACGAGUACAGUCUGACACGUUCAUGGCACGUAGUGAUGCAACACGACGCCAUGGUGCGAGGUGGCAAUGACAAACUAGUCGUUCUUGCUAGAAGACCGCAAGAAAAGAAACUUGAGCUGUACAUCUCCUAUAAAACACGACAAGGCCAAGACCUAGAGCUCGAAGUUCAACCGAACACUCAAGGAAAGCACAUUAUCAAGGUGCACACCAACGCUAAGAAAGUGUUCGAUGAAGAUUUUGUCAUGUAUACGGAUGAAGUGAACCGCGUCAACGUGCUUGAAUACCACACUCUACCUGAUAAUGUGCUCAUUAUCAACAUUCUAGAAAAUCAUCAUCGCCUUAUGUACGAUGGAUCCAGGCUAGUCGUCUUAACAAGCGAGCACAGGAACAGGAAUAAUGGCAUCUGCGGCCGCAUGACCGGUGAUAUGCGUGAUGACUACUUGACACCAACUGGAUUAGUUGACAGACCAGAACACUUUGGAGCUUCUUUUGCUCUUAAGGAACAAGAUGGCGACCCAAAGACACUCGAACUGCACGCUCAAGCACACCAGGUGUCCUACCCUAUGAAGCAUCAGUACACAACGAUCUUACCCUGGGACAUUGAAUGGAGGAACUGGGAGAAGCUUCAGAAACCUUCGAUGCAAGGCAAUGUAUAUAAAACAAGGAAUUGGCAAAAGAAGGGUGGUCAAUGCCAGAUGCAUCAACAGGUGCAAUAUUUUGAGGACCAUGGCGAGAUUUGCAUCACCUUGACUCCAUUACCAACUUGCCCGUCCAACUGCCGUAGUGACCGGUACACGAUACAAGUUACUCAAGUGGUGUGCCGCUCGAAAUUCGAUAAGGAAUUUCGCGAAUAUAAAGAGCAGAUUCGACAGGGGCAGAGUCCGAGGAUUUCAGAUGUUCCUGAACAACUACCCAGGCAAUACAAAGUACCGACUACAUGUAAAGUCUGAGAUAAUGAUAUGUUGAAGGGCGAACAUCAGCCAAACCAUGUAACUACAUAUUCACCAUGAAAACAGAUUACUCGGCAAGAAAUAUGACUCUGAAUAUAAAAUAUAGUAUUUAUAAUAACGUAUUGGAUAUUAUCAUAUGUAUUUAUCAUGAAAUUUUAUAUUCUUAUGUAAAUAUUAUGUAUUACUAUGUAAAAAUAUGGAUUUUAUAGUAUUAUAUAAAUAAUAGAUUUGAGAGAAUAGUUACCUAGAUAUAAAUAUAGCAAAUGAGAAAAUAAAUAUAUACUUACAUUAACAAUGGAACUUUGGGCCUUGUUUAAUUGCACUAUUUCUUUAUCAUACCUUAUAAAAACAGAUUAAUCGACUAAAAAAAUAGUACAGUGGACUGGAUUUUAAUUAGUUCUUACGCAGUAAU